GGGAGCCUGGCUUCCCCCACAACCCGCCCCCGCCCCCAGCGCGCUUCCAGCCGAAGCCCGGACUCGUGCUGCCUCCCCUCCCAAGCAGCCCUGGAGCUGCCGGUGUCGCCCCGUCUCGUCAGCCGGAGUCCCUGGCGGGCGGCGCGGGGCUGCCUGGGACCCCUGGCGCUGCUAGGGGCGUGGCCAGCAGCGAGAGCUGGAGGAUUGGCCCGCUCCCGUUCCCGUAGCUGGAGUCGAGGCGGAAGCGCGGCUCCCAGCUGAGAUCCGGCAGCGGCUGCCGCGUGCCCGGAUCAGGGAAGGGUGACGUAGCGAGAGUGCUCAGCAUGAGGCGGCUGUUGCGGGCCGGCGCGUGCGCGUCCCGCGGCUGCCCUGUUCUCCUUCUCGCCCUCCUGCGGCUGGGCUGGAGCAGCGGCGCGUGCCCCUGCCGCGAGCCCGCGCUCUGUCUCCCCAUCGCCGGCGCCCGGGAGUUCGAGGUCUUUGUGUUUGAUGUUGGAAGAAAAUCUUGGAAGUUCUAUGAUUGGUCACAGAUUACAACUGUGGCAGCUUUUGGAAAGUAUGACCCUGAGCUAUUGUGUUAUGCUCAUUCUAAAGGAGCCAGGGUAGUACUAAAAGGAGAUGUACCUGUGAAGGAAAUUAUUGACUCUGCUAACAGAACAGCCUGGAUAGCACAACAGGUGGACCUGGCCAAAAAGCAGUAUAUGGAUGGAAUUAAUAUAGACAUAGAGCAAGAAGUUCGUGAGAUGUCACCUGAAUACUAUGCAUUAACGGCUCUCGUUAAAGAAACUACUGAUGCUUUUCAUAGAGAAAUUCCAGGAUCACAGGUCACCUUUGAUGUGGCUUGGUCUCCAGCAUGCAUAGACAAAAGAUGCUACAACUACAGUGGGAUUGCAGAUGCCUGUGAUUUCUUGUUCGUGAUGUCUUAUGAUGAGCAGAGUCAGGUCUGGACAGGAUGUAUUGCAAGAGCGAAUGCUCCCUACAGUCAGACCUUAGAUGGAUAUGAUGACUACAUUAACAUGAGCAUUGAGCCAAAGAAGCUUGUGAUGGGUGUUCCCUGGUAUGGCUAUGAUUAUAGAUGUCUGGAUUUGUCUAAGGAUCAUGUUUGUUCCCUCCCAAAUAUUCCUUUCCGAGGGGCUCCAUGCAGCGAUGCUGCAGGGCGUCAGGUCACCUAUGGAACAAUAAUGAAGCAGGUGAAUAGUUCUAUUUCUGGGAGCCUGUGGGAUGAGGAGCAGAAGGCUCCAUAUUAUGAAUAUAAGGACUCUCUUGGUCAUUUUCAUCAAGUAUGGUACGAUAAUCCGCAGAGCAUUUCCCUGAAGGCAGCGUUUGCAAAGAAACGUGGUUUAAGGGGUAUUGGCAUGUGGAAUGGAAAUUGUCUUGACUACUCCAGAAGUUCUGUAGCAGAGCAGCAGACUGAAGCAAUGUGGCGAGCCUUGAGACCAUAGCAACUAUGUAAGAUAGUGAACACUACCUCUGGAUUUAGACUGUAGAAAAUUAAUUGGUAGUUGUUAUGGCUAAUAUACUGUCUUAUGCCUUCUUGCAAGCAUGCACUGGUUACAAGCAAAACUUCAUCUUGUCAGUCUGUGCUUUAUACCUUAGAAAGUAUUUAACAUUGCAUUAACACUGUUUUAACAGGUUCUGGUUUUUCUCAUUUUCAAAACUUUCAUAACUGCAUCAGACCUUGAACUUGACACUCAUAAUAUAUAUUAACAACAUAUGUACGUUGAACCAUUUAAAAGAGAGCAUAUGAGAAUGAAGUGCUCUGCUCAACACAAAUGCUUUAACAUAACCAAUUACUGUUCUUUAUUCUGUAAAGGUUGAGAAGGUUUUAAUUAUUCUGUAAAGGUUGUGAAGGUUUUAAUUAUUUGUAGCAUUUAGCUUUGUUGCCAGUGAAACUGAAGAAUUAAAUAUUCUUUUUAUGUUUACAUAACAUUGUGAGGUUCUUUUACAACUUCAAAAGCCAGAAAACCUUGGGCUUCAAAGAAAGCCCAUUUUUCUCAAAGCAGCAUUCUAAAGUGUAUAUGAUGAUAAGCAUUUCUUAUGACUUGUCUGAACACAUUGAUUUCAUAAUUAGCAUUUUUAAGUGUCUACAUUUUUGAACUAGAUAAUUGUAGUCACCAUACUGCUGUAAUUUCUGAUGCUAGUAUAAAGUCUACAUGGUGCUUUUAAUUCAUAAUCAGAGGAAUGGAUGGUGUUCUCUAAGUAUUUAGAGGUUUAUUCGCCUCAUCCUUCAUGUCAGUAACUGGUACUACUAGCUAUGGGAAACAUAUGCACACAUAUUGGCUAGUUUAACACUUUUUUUGUAGAAAAGGUGCCCAUCUACACAUUGGAAUUUGUUUUGGGGCACAGUAUUUAUUAGUGCUAGUGCUUCAUUUGUGCUAUAUUGUGGUUUGAUCUUGUGUGUGUGGAUAAAUCAUGUUUCUGUUCAAGUUAAAGGGGUUGUAUGGAUAAAAGUGAGGUUAGAAUUUGGCUAUAACAUGGUACCCUGAAAAAAUCUGUCUUUAGGUCAAUUUUAUGUAGAUCUUGCGGAGAGAACAAUCCUGUAUCAGUAGAGAGAUGGAUUGGAUAAUCUAAUAGAUGUUUUUCGUCUUUAAAUGCUGUGAUUCCUGACAACUAAAGAGGAUAGAUUCCUUGAUCUAGCAUGGUGUUUUUCACAUUUCUUUACACAAAACUCAGGCUGAAUAAAAGGACCCUAUAUUCAUUUCUAGUUGCUUAUAAAAUGUGAAAAUAUUCAGAAUGAGAAAAUCUCAGGUUAGUCCUAAUAUAUUCUGAUGAUGAUUCAUUGUGCCAGGGGAAUUUUGAAUGAAAUAUUAAGAUGUUUGCAAACAUUUAUAGAGAGCGAGUGUGCGUGUGUGCUCAUGCGCGUAUUUCAGUGAAGUUUUGUUAAAAUGGAAAGGAAAUAUUAAGGCUGAGGCAAAAGAACAAUUCAUGGCACUUUCAUUUUCCUAGAAGCAAAAUACAAUAUUUGUUUUUUAAUGUUUCAAGGAUUAUUUCAUAAAUAAAUGAUCUACUAAACUGUUUGAGAGAUUUUCUGUAUAUAACAUUUUAAAAGUGAGGUGUAAUCCAAAUUUUCUGAGUCUGUGGUUUGUCUUUGAACAUACUGCAAUGAAAGAAGAAAGAAAACUGUUUUCUAGUCCUGCUGUGUAUUUGUUACAAAGAUAGGCCCAUAUCCUGUGGACAUUUACGCAUCUGUUUAAUUUUAUAUGCUAUGAGUAUUCCCAUUGAAGUCAGUGGGACUACUCAGGUAUGCACUUAAGUUGAUAUACUAAGUGUUGUUUUUUAAAUGUUGAUAUUUGUCUUAUUGAAUCUGUGGACACAGUGAAAUAAUUAAUAGGAGUCUGACAUUCCCCCCUCCUUAAUCAGGAUUUUGGUUUAAAUACCUAACAUUGUCAAGUUAGGCCCUGACUAUGCUAUAACUUGCAACUGAUGUUACAGUAGAACCUCAGCGGUAUGAACACUUUGGGAAUGGAGGUUGUUUGUAACUCUGAAAUGUUCAUAACUGAACAAAACAUUAUGGAUUUUCUUUCAAAAUUUUACAACUUAACAUUGACUUAAUAUAGCUUUGAAACUUUAUUAUGCAGAAGAAAAAUGCCGCUUUUAACCAUCUUAAUUCAAAUGAUCCCUUAUCAAAUCUUUUUUUUAAACUUCCCCUUUGUUUUUUUUAGUAGUUUAUGUUUAACACAGUACUGUACUGUGUUUUUGCUUUUUUUUUUUUUUUUUGUCUUUGCUGCUGCCUGAUUGCAUACUUCUGGUUCCAAAUGAGGUGUGUGGUUGACUGGUCAAUUAUUUAACUCUGAGGUUCUACUGUACUUUCUCUACUAGUUGAAAAGUGCUUAACAUAGUGUCAGUCAUAAAAUCUUUAAAAGCUGUUUUAUAACUGUUAGAGAAGUGCAAAUGGACACUGCUGGGGGUGUAUAAAACUUUACUGUUGAACACAGUAUAGCUUAAACAGGUUUGUGUGGACUGCUUGCUGCAGAAUUGUAUUAGGAAAAUGCACAACACCAACAAAGUAAGCAUUGGUAGAGUGCUGAAAACUAAGAAGUAAAUUGGAUGUUUGGUAUGAAUGUUUAUCUAACUGCUUUUAGACUUCAUCUGAGGGACUGAGGAAUAUUAAGCCAGCAUCCAGCAAAUAAAUAACUUCUAUAAAUGCUAGAUUGAGGAUUUUUUCUGUAAAAGAAGAAAUCAUUACAGAACUGGAUUGAAUCUACUAUUUAAUACACAACCAUUUCCCUCUUUGUCCUCUUAAUAUGUUGUCAUUUAUUCUUGUAGAUUAUUAUAGUGUGUGAUCACAUUGAGAGAGACUUUUUGGACUACAGGGGCUAGGAAACUCUGGGUGGAGGUGACCUGGUUUACUUCAGUGUGUACCAUCAGGGAGGAGACACCUUGCAUUUAUGUAAAACUUUCCUCCCUGAAGAAGGUGCAUGCAAGGAGCAUGAGUUAGCUGUUAAUUUGGGCGUGGAUAUUCAUUUAGGUGUCCUCUCUGCUGUGGAGAUGAUCACAUAUUGUAGCCACUUACCCUUUGGCCCUGCCUCAAAACCCUGUGAAACCUGACUCCUAUGAAGGGAUUUCAGCAGUAUCUGAGAAUGGGGAAUCUCUAUGGGGCUGAGAAAAGACAAUGCUUCGGGGAACUGUCUCAGUCCACUCCCCUCCCAACAUUUUGAGCCACAUUCCCAUGAAGUGCUUCUGGGGAAAAGGGAUGCUGCUGCAGAGCCAUGACUCUAAACCUCCAGCCCUCAGGGGGUCACAGAUUGGAUCUGGAUUCCUUACACUUGUAAAACAAAAGGGACUAGAUCACCUUUUAUCUGUGGUAUCUCUUUUCAUCUGCUGCUGUGUAUUUCAUAUGCUAACUUUUGUUAAAACUUUAAAAAUUAAACACUUGAAUCUGUUUCAUCAACUAGAAUUUUAAUUGAACUAUUUAUAAUUUCAAGUUUUCUGUAUCACUGCAGAGAAUGGAACCCAAAGUCCAGUCCUCUGCUCUUAUUUAUUAAAUACCGUUAGUGUUUUCCAUGCUGUAUAAACAGAAAAAAGACAGUCCCUUCCUUCUAGAGUUUGAAAUCUAAAUUGGUCCUAGCCAAUACAGUUCAGAUUCAUAGGAUUUAGGUUCCAAUCUUGAAGUGGAACAGGGGUUGGUUCAUUUGUUGGGAAGGCUUUAGGGAAGGCUUUAAAGAAGGAUUACAUUGGAGACAGAGAGGUUGUAUAGCUCACAAGAUUUAGAGUUCCUCCUUUUGAAAGUGUUUCAAAAACUUUCACAUCCUAUUACUGACAUCCUGUCUGUUUCUGUCACUUGCAAUAAUUUAGUAUAGCCUUGUCAGUUUUGUGGCUGCUUCACAUUAACCUCUUGCAGCGUCCUGCUUUGCUAGAUAUAAUACCCUUUGGAACUGAGGGAGCAAGCAGGAGAGAAUGGAAAAAGUUAACAUGGAGGGGGUACUAUUUCCCUUCCAGAGAUCUGAUGCUCCAUACAGGAACAUGCCUGUUGCCUCCACUCUGAACUUGGUUAAUAAAUACUGUAUGCGCUACAUUUUCUUUCAUAUAAGUCUGACCAUGAUCAUAUUCACAACCUCAUGGCUAGGACAAGGGCACUUGAUUGUCAGUGCAGCUACAUUUAAAAGAGAGAAAAGAAACUACAAGACUGCUAUGAUUACAAUGCUUGAAUUUCAAAGCACAAUGAGUAGAUAUCUGAAAUCAGAUUUCUGCUGCCCCAGUCCUGUAAAAAUUGCCAACUAUUUUGUGGGUUAAACUGAUUGAGCUAUAUGUACUUCAAAAGACCAAAAAUACAUUUUUAUCCACAACUAUGGGUAUACUAGUUCAAAUUACAAUUCCAUAUUGAUCUUCAUUAUAUAAAAAAACAUAAUUCACUAUUUGAAAAAAAAUUAAUGCCAUUUCUUUACAUUUGAUUAGCUUAUAGUCAAAAAUAAACACGCUAAUAGGUUAAACUGCAUAUUUUAUAAGUAUAAGUGAAUUACAACUAAGUUACAAUUAUUAGCUUGAGAUAUUUUAGGGCAUUUUAAAUAAAUGAUAUACCUCUAUUUUAACAUAUACAAUUAUCCUAUCUUCCAUAUUGAGAAGUCUGUACAAUAAAAGCAUAGGAACAUAAAACCAACUACUGAUAUGUUGAGCUUCGAUACAAAUAUAUUACACAAUCCCAAGUAAUGUGAUCCUUCUAAAAUGUUGGUGUUUCAGACUGGAGUAUUAAAGAUGACUGAAUUUUCUUCUGUGCCAGCUCUGCUCUCAAUGCUCGUAAAUCAGAGGCUGCCUGCUUUCUCAUCUGCAAAAGAACUAGAGAUUAUUUAAGGAAGAUUUUGAAGUUGAAGAUUUAAUUUUUAUGUGGGUUAGAUGGAUAUAGAAUGUGCCUUUCAUCUCCAGGACGCUUUGAUUCUAUCCAGUUCUAGCCCUGCUUUUCUGCAUGUUUCCUUUGUGGUGUCAUCUUUAAAAGUCAAAUCCUGAAAUCCUUACUCAGCAAAUUCCGAUCGCCAUCAGUAAGGGUUUGCCUGACUAAGACUCUCAGGACUGCUUUGUACAACUGACAAUAUUUCUCUUCUAGAAAUACAUUUUCUAGUCGUUUGACUUUUGCUAGCAAUGGACAGAAUUGUCUCCCACACUGCAGAUGAUAAGGCAAAGGGACAAAUUCUUAUUUUAGUUGCAACAGUACAAUCCACAUUGAUUUCAGUGUCAUACUCUGAACUCACUUUUUUCCAUAACUAAAAUUAAAAUCUGGCUACAAGCUCGUGUGAAAAGAUGUGUAUUGUACUGCAGCUGUCUAGACCAGACCUGGUCUGUGAAUAAAAUGACCUUGUCAGACAAUUAAACGCUCAUGGGUUUUCAUUCUGUCCUUUAUCUUCAGGUUAGACCAUCUGAUUUCCCUGAUAUUAAUUUUUUCCAUUUCUUUAUAAAUGUUUGCUAGCCUCCUUAUCUCAUCUCUGUUGUUGCCUGCUCCAUUAGUACCCUUUGAGGAUGUCAAUACCUUGUUACCCUGUGGAUGUUUAAAAUUGUGAAUUUACUCCUGUCAGUCUCUCAUAGAUGUGACUCUACAUCAAGGAUAUAUCUCCAACAGCUAUAAUUAGAUGUUUUUCUUCCACUUUCUGAAGUUGGUGUCUUACAAACAAGGCUGGAUAAUGAAUUACUGUCCUAGAGCUGUGUUUGAGCUUGUUUUCCCAAAUACUCAACUUUUGUUCCACUUCAUUUGCUGUCUGGAUACAAUGUGAGGCAGUAAUAACUUUCUCAGGUCCCUUUUUUACUUUGCCCUUCCAAAAUGCCCUCAGUGUCAUUGAUUUAGAUUUGAAAAUACUUCAUGGGAUGCUUAUUCCACCUCUGCAUCCUCUUUCUUUCAUUAGUGAGCAAUGGACAUCAGUGUUUUUUUUUUAUUUAUAGAUUUUUCUAUUGUGCUCAUCUAAGUCUGCUGGUUCUUUACAACUCUUAGGCUGGUGUAGCCUUCCAUAUCACGCUACUCAUCUUUUCAUCAGACAUUUCUGAAAGGCUCUACGAGGAUGUGUCAAUCUCAGAGUCUCCAAACUAUGGCCUAUAUUGUCUACUAUGUCAGCUUUCUCCUCCAGGGAGAUGGGUAGUGAGCGAUGGGGCAGGGAUGGAGCAUUAGGGAGGGGUGGGGCACGGGUGCUUGGUUUUUGGGGAUUAGAAAGUUGAUAACCCUAGUGCUGGAGAGAGCAGGAUUCCAUGGCAAUGAUUUGCUCUUUACUGCCGGAGCAGAGCAGCAUGCUCCGCUGUCAGAACUUCCCAGAGCUUUGAAAGGGGAGCGGUUGCAUGCCAAGGCAGCCGAGUUCAAAACAGUGAGCAGAGCGGUCACGGUGGACAUUGUGGGAUACUGGGGGAGGUCAGUUAUGGUGACAUAGCAGACAGCAGUGUCUACACUGAUGCUUUGUCGUUUUAACUUUGCCGCAAAAAGCUCUAUGCCUCUUGUCGAGGGGGUUUUAUUUUGUUGGCACAGCAGUAGAGUUUUGCUGAAAAAACUGUGCAGUGUAGACAAGGCUUUAGUUUAUGCAGUUCAUGGAAAAUGGAAACACUAUGAAUGCUGCUUAUUACUACAUGAUGUGGAGUAAGGCAGGUUGGUCAUAUAACAUAAUAUCUCCUCAAAUACUGCCUAACUUUUAAAAAUUUCAAAUAUAUUAUGGCUCUAGAUUUUAUAGCGAAGAAAAUCUCUAUUUGUUUAAUUUCCAAGUUGGCUAGAAUAAAUGCAGAUUACCUUAAUUUCUAUUAUGAGUUUCAUUUUUGUAUUAUCCAGCUUUCUCUUUAGUUGAUCAAUUUCGUGCUGCACUGUUGUAAUCUGGAUGAUUGUGGUGUUCUAUGGGGAAUAAACAAAAAGCUUUUAUGCA